AUGGCGAACGCUUCCGCCAAAAAGACCGCGCAACAGAACGCGGAGGCGAUCAAGAACAUGCAGUACGGCCAGGUCGCCUCCCUCGCGCUCGCGCUCCUCCUCCGUCUGCUCUUCCAGCGGCACGCGCUGCGGCCGACGACGGCCGCGUUCUGGGUGUACGCGCUCUCGCUCUGGGCGUUCGACGUCGUGUACAUCACCUGGGCGUGCCAGGUGUUCAGCGGCGCGUUCGGCGCGUGGGUCUGGUGGGCGUACCUCAUCAUCCCUCUGUACGCCGUCUACAAGCUCUGGAGCUCCGUGAUCUCGCCUAUGUUCUUCGGCGGCUCGGCCGCGUCCGCAGAGCCCGAGCCAGAAGCGAAGGAGGCUCCGACGAGCAAGCGGCAGGAAAAGUUGCGCAAACGGAGCGAGCGCGGCGACCCCCGCGUGCGCAUGCAGCAACAGAGCUGA